AUGACAAGUAUCAAACUAACCGAUACCAUUACUAGUCCAAAAAGGCUCAUUGUAAUUGCAGGUACCACCGGUGUUGGGAAAUCACAAUUAUCUAUUGAAUUAGCCUCUAAAUAUAAUGGUGAAAUUAUAAACUCAGAUUCUAUGCAAAUGUACCAAGAUAUACCUAUAAUUACCAAUAAACAUCCAAUAAAUGAAAGAAAUGGUAUUCCACAUCAUAUAAUAAAUCAUGUUCCAUGGAAUAAAGAAUACGAUAUGCAUAUUUUUGAAAAAGAAUGUUUAAGCAAAAUAUAUGACAUUCUGCAGCGGGGUAAAACUCCAAUAAUUGUUGGUGGAACACAUUACUAUUUGCAAGUUUUAUUUAAUAAUAAGAAAAUCAACAACGCAAUCUAUUUUGGACAUACUAAUGAUACUUUUACGGAGGAUCCAAACGCUGAGGACGAUCCUAAAGAAUUGUAUUCUAAAUUAUUGGAAAUAGAUCCUCUAAUCGCAUCAAAAUAUCAUCCGAACGAUACGAGAAGAGUCAAACGAAUGUUGGAAAUAUACCACCAGAGUAAUGGAAUUAAGCCAAGUGAAAUUUUUCAAAAACAACAGAUUUCUUUGAAAUUUGAAAAUACCCUAUUUUUCUGGUUAUACAGCGAUCCAACCGAACUAAAUAAAAGAUUGGAUGAUAGAGUAGAUCAGAUGAUAUCUAACGGCGCAUACUCGGAAAUCCAACAGCUGUAUAAAUAUUAUUGCGAAAACAACAAGCCAUGCUUAGAAAGUGGUAUAUGGCAAGUUAUUGGCUUUAAAGAAUUCUUACCAUGGUUGUUAUCGCAAGAUACAACUAAUGCUGAUGAUAACACAAUUUUAUAUAAAGAAUGUGUGGAGAAAAUGAAGUUACGGACACGACAAUAUGCUAAAAGACAAAUCAAGUGGAUUAAAAAAAUGCUGAUUUCUGAUAUCCGAGCAGCAGAUAAAUUAUCCAAUUUUUAUGUAUUAAAUGCUACUGAUCUAAAUAAAUGGGACCAACUAGUUAAAGAUAGAGCCAAUUUAAUAUGCGAUGGGUUUUUCUUUUCAAAAAAUGGUGUUGAUCAAUGCGUAGAACAUGUUCCUAAAGGUUUAGAAAAUAUCGUCUUAACAGAAGAGUGCGCCACAGCUUCCGCCACUAAUACAAACAAUAAUGCCAAAUUUUUUGAUAAAUUUACUUGCUCCACAUGUAAGGAUAAAAAUGAUGAAAACCUAAUACUUAUAGGCAAGGAGGUUUGGGGAAAGCAUUUAAAAAGCAGAAGACAUAAAUCCAAUUUGAACAGAGGCAAAAAGAAAAAAGAAUAUGAAGAAUGGAAGCUGAAAAAUACUACAUAA